GUGAACAACUUACCCUGCUGAGCUUUCUUUGGGGAAUACGUGCACCGAGAUUUAGAUCUGCAUGUACAAUCUAUACAAAGUAUCUGCCACUACAAGUCUGACUCUCCUCCCCGCCAGAACUGUUUUUUUUUUUUUUCCUUCUUUUCCUUUUCUCCGCUGUGUCAGAAAGAUCGAGACAGAACUAUCUCUGUUUCUGGCUCCACUGCCAGUGAAGGAGUUUUCAUUCAGACUUUCCGAAGAGAGGUGGAGGAACCUAAAGACUCAGGAGAAAAAGAGGUCCUUUGGGCCACAUGGGACAUUAGUUCUUCUGCUUUUCUCAGCAUGGAUAAACCCUUUCCUCAAGGAUUUUCUGAUGUGCCCUAAGGUCCAUGUAACUACGAGGGCUCUUUAUCACCGCAAGUGCCACCCUAACCCAAAACCACUCAGAACUCAAGAAUCAACACAAAAUGGAUGCCACAGUGACAGACGAUUUCCAACAAAUUCUGCCUAUUGAACAGCUGCGCUCUACUCAUGCUAGCAAUGAUUAUGUGGACCGUCCUCCUGUCCCCUGUAAACAGGCCCUCUCCAGCCCCUCCCUUAUCGUGCAAACCCACAAAUCUGAUUGGUCCCUGGCUACAAUGCCUACUGCUCUCCCCCGCAGUCUCAGCCAGUGCCAUCAAUUGCAGCCUUUGCCUCAGCACCUGAGCCAAUCUAGCAUUGCCAGCUCAAUGUCCCAUAGCACCACUGCCUCUGAUCAAAGGCUCUUGGCCAGCAUUACGCCCUCACCCUCAGGCCAGUCCAUCAUCCGAACCCAGCCUGGAACAGGAGCCCACCCAAAGGCUGAUGGUGCUCUGAAGGGAGAAGCUGAGCAAUCUGCAGUGCACUCCAGUGAGCACCUUUUCAUCUGCGAGGAAUGUGGGCGCUGCAAAUGUGUCCUCUGCACGGCAGCUCGCACUCUCCCUUCCUGCUGGCUGUGCAACCAGCGUUGCCUUUGCUCUGCUGAGAGCCUCCUCGAUUAUGGCACUUGUCUCUGCUGUGUUAAGGGCCUCUUCUACCACUGUUCCACUGAUGAUGAAGACAACUGCGCCGAUGAGCCCUGCUCCUGUGGGCCUGGCUCUUGCUUCGUCCGCUGGGCAGCCAUGAGCCUCAUCUCCCUCUUUUUACCCUGCCUGUGCUGCUACCUGCCUACCCGUGGAUGCCUCCAUCUGUGCCAACAGGGCUAUGACAGCCUCAGGCGACCAGGCUGCCGCUGUAAAAGUCAUACCAACACUGUGUGCAGAAAAAUCUCUUCUGGUAGUGCACCCUUCCCUAAGGCCCAGGAGAAGUCUGUAUGACCUUCCCACAAAAUGUAUCCAGAGCUUUCUCCUUCUUGCCCUCAUCAGUAAAGCAUUCACCUCAUCUUUGAAGAAGGGGAGAAGGAGUAAAGCAGCCAAAGUUAGGGCUUCACCAGUUUUGUUCCUGCAGUGUCAGGGGAAUGGUCGAGUACAUCCUGGUGCAGGAUGCCUUGUUCUUUCUCACAGUAUCUAUCCCCCUUCUCUUCAGCCUUUUUACACCCUGCCAUCUCAGCCCUUAUGGCUGUCAUGGCAAAUUCAGGUGAUCUAUAAGCAUGAGAGUUGGACACUGAGGACUGACAGAGCCAGCAACGUGGAGGUUUAGGGGCUCCCCAAUGUCAUGCCUCUCGAUGCAGGCUCUGAACGUCACUCUGCUUUCCACUGUGCCUUUGGAAACUUUCUUUUUAGAUGGUUUUCACAGGUCCAUGUGGAACAGCGUUCAAUAUUCCAGGGAAUCUGACACUUUCUCCCUGUUUACUACCCUUCUCUUCUUUAGUCUUCUCUCUUUCUCAUUUUGUCCUCUUCUUCUGUUACUCUGUUCUAUAUUCCUUACCACUUCAUUCUCACCCACUCAACUUUUAUUCUUCCUCUCUUUUGUUUCUCUCUCCUUCCCUCCCUCUCUCUCAGAUGAAUCCUUUCUCUGCCUUUAUUUCUACUUUGUUGCUCUAUCUUUGUCUCUUUCUACCUGCCCCUCUUUCUCUCUCUAACAUGUCAAAAAGUGCUGUUUUUCCAUAGGUGUUUAUUUUAACACAAAACUUUGCUAUGUUAUACUACUUACUAAUUUUUAUUAAGGGAAAUGGAUUACUGUAAUGAACUAAUCACUAGCAAUAGUGUGUGUGCACUCAUAACCACACUCACCAGUUUGUGAGCAUAUGAAUCAAAUUUAUCUUACAUUUCCAAGUUUAAUUCGUUGAAAUUUUACUCCCUUUUCCGAUAAUCAACUUACAGUACUGACAGAUUCCACUAGCAUGCUGAGUAGGGUAGUAAAUCAGGAUGCUCAUAACUUUGUAUGUCUGACCCAAGUGCCAAAGGCAGACGUGCUUUAUAGCUAAAUGAAUAAAGCAAAGGAUAUUACAGAGGUCUGUUCUCUCUUAGAAGCUAACUGCCCUGAGACUGCAUGGCUCAGGCCUUAAUAAUGGACAUAAAAAGUCAUAAAACUCUAGAGCUGGAAGGAAUCUUAACUGUUAAUCUAGUUCAAUGCCCUUAUUUUACAGAUGGGAAAACUGAGGCCUGGAAAUAGAAAAGGAUUUGCCUAAGGCCACACACUGACUGACCACACACUGAAUUGGGGCUGGAAUACAGGCCUUCUGACUCCUAAUUCAAUAUUCUCUACCCUGCACCACAUUAAGUCAUGGAAAAUUUCUACUAGGACUCUAAUAACAAUGACAGAAAGCCAUUCCCAUUCAAUUUUCAAGAAUCAUGACAAGCUAGUGUGGUAGUCUUUACGUGGUGCAUACUGGGUAGCAAAUUAACUACCAGACAUCGUGGCUGCCCCCAGUGGACAUAACCUUUGGCUCUGUCACCUUGUAGAAGCUCAAGUAUGGAAAAGAAGAGCUUAAGGAAACCUUAACAAGCUGUAUCUUCGCCAUUGCACCUACCCUUUGCUGCACACACUGUGCUUGCCCCUGGCUUUGCUUGAAAUGGUAGUUGCCUAAGAACCUAAAUUUCAGCACCAGUGGGAACCUGAGAUGAAAAAUGUAUAAUGCAGAGAACUGACUUCUCUUUUAAAAACAAUACCAAGAGCCUGCGCUGUGAAUCCCCUUCAAUGGGAAAAGGCUGCAGUGGCAAUGGCAGGCUACUAAGGACUGCUGCUAAAAGACACAAGAAUUAGAUACAGUUUCCCUCUGUAAGUGAAUCCAAAAUUCACUAAGGAAUUUGAAGAUUGAGGGCACUUGCUUGAAAUCAAGGUGCUCCAACUUAAUUUAAGACUUCCAGACUCUGUGUACCAUCAUCUCUUUACAGUGUGCAUGGAUAUGUAUUACAGGGUGGAGAGGUGGGGAGAAAUGUAUAGUCAUACACAGGGAGAAGAAGAAGGGAACAGCCAUGUCCCCUUGUUGGAUAUAUACUAUAGGAAUAUGUGCCACUCAGUCUCUGUUGGUUCUGAAUCUUCCUGAAGUGAACUGACAUUUGGGCUGCACAAAGCCUCUCACCUUCACUUUCACCUCUUCUUCUAGAAUUGCUUUGCUCUAUUUUUGUAUAUAUAAAUAUGUUAUGAUGAUUAUUAAUAAUGUUAGUGAUAUUGCUGCAAAUGGUGCCAUAUACAAGGUUUGGCUUCUUGGAACAUUUAUAAACCCAAACCAAUAUCUGUAAUCUCUUAUGUUGCUUUCAGGUCCUUCAAUUUUAAGUAACUUUUUUAAAAAAAAACCUUACAAGUCUGCCUGAUUGAACUUCGAACUUAUCCCCAGUAAAAGUUGUGCCCGGUUCUCUGGGUCAGGCUGGACGGUGAUGAGUAGCAACACACUUUUCCUCGCUUCUGCCUGAAAUCUGCUUAAAGCUGAGAUAUAUAAAGAUUCUUUGACACUAGUGUAUUGUUCCUGGAUCUAAAGUUAUUCUAUGGAUGUUUGCUUAUUAUUUUCAGGGCCCAAAAUAACAGAAGUCUCUCCUCCUUGAUAGUUCCUUGAUAUCCCAAUCCUGCAGUCCUUACUCAGGCAAAUUGUGCACUGCCAGAGGGGCCCUGGGCUCUGCCAUACACCCAGAGGAGCUCUUCUCAGUGUAUUUCUAAAUGGCCUUACACUUGGUAGAUGAAACUGAAGGGGUACUCAGAUGCAGUUGCAAUCUGCUCUCUGCUGCUGAGUUGCCGAGUUAGGGCUUUCAUUUGUGUCCAAGUUGGCCUGAUAUGGACUGCAUCUAGUUUACCUAUAGAUGGGUCCUGUUGGGGUACGCACAUGGACAUGUGAGUGAGUGUGCAUAUGUAUCCCCUCUGUGAGAUAUAUAUAUAUAUAUAUACACACACAUAUAUAUGUGUAAAUAUAUAUAUUCACACAUCUCUCUAUAUUUUAAUGUAUUGCACAUGUAUAUUUAAAAUAUAUACGAAAGAACUCUAAA